AUGGCGACUCAAAGCACUUGGCGUGGUCAACUAAUUGAGUUGCUUCUGAUCUUCUUCUACUUCUUCAACUUCAUUUCCAUAUAUUGCUUUGCUGAAGUUGAAUUCAAUGUUGUGCCUGAGAAGCAUGCUGCUUUCUUCAUCUUUGGGGACUCUUUCUUGGACGCUGGCAACAAUAAUUACAUCAACACCACAACUCUUGACCAAGCUAACUUCUGGCCCUAUGGCCAAACCCACUUCCGAUUCCCCACUGGAAGAUUUUCCGACGGUCGUUUGGUGUCUGACUUUAUAGCUGAAUUCGCCAAGCUGCCUUUGAUCCCACCCUUUCUUCAACCGGGUUUUCAUCAUUAUCAUAAUGGAGCGAACUUUGCUUCGGCUGGAGCAGGUGCUUUAUCCGAGACUUUUCAUGGGUCGGUGAUCGAGCUGAAAACACAGAUCAAGUACUUUAGGGAGGUAGUAGUGACAUGGCUGAAACGAAAGUUGGGGAAAGCUGAAGGUGGGUUGAUGCUGUCAAAGGCUGUGUAUUUGUUCAGCGUCGGAACCAAUGAUUACAUGAGCCUCUUCUUAACCGAUUCUGCUUUUCUCAAAUCCCACUCCAAAUCCCAAUAUAUUGAGUUGGUGAUUGGGAACUUGAGUACUUCCAUCAAAGAAGUAUAUGAUAGCGGGGGCAGGAAAUUCGGGUUCCUGAACUUGCCGCCUAUUGGGUGCAGUCCAGGGAUGAGAGAUGAAGAUGGCGGGUGUUUGGAAGAGCUGUCGGCGUAUACAAGUGUUCACAACCAGAGAUUGGUGAAGCUUCUUAAAGACUUGGAGAGGCAGCUGAAGGGGUUCAAAUAUUCACUCUACGACUUCAGUAGCAGCCUCACAGACAGAAUGGAAAAUCCAUUCAAAUAUGGGUUGAAGGAAGGGAAGGAGGCAUGCUGUGGAACAGGGAGAUUUAGAGGAGUUUUCAGCUGCGGAGGAAAAAGAGGAGUGAAGGAGUUUGAAUUGUGUAAGAAUCCGAAUGAACAUAUCUUUUGGGAUUCUUACCAUCUCACUGAAAACCUCCACAAACAGCUUGCUCAUGAAAUUUGGCGUGGCUCAUCCAGUCGCCAUUCCUCUCUCAAGUAUCUUUUUCAAACCAUUUGAGAACACCAUUGGCCAUGACUCUUUCUAAUGGCUAUUUUAAACUUGAAACAAUGUAAGAUCUGAAACAAAUAUACAUUUAGAAUUGAGAAUUGGGUUUUAAAAAAUGUUCUUUCAUAUU